GGGAGAGAAUGACGACGCUCGCUUGGGAGCCGAGGAGGGCGUGGAGGUAGGUGUCGAUGGGCGAUUGAGUACGCCUGGCCGAGAUUCUCCUUCGCAACCGGCGACUGUCCACCCGUGCCUGCUUGGAGCGAGGAGGUCGGCUAGCCGGCUGAGGGCUCGGUGCUCCAUUGCUCCUCCCUGGGAUGCCGCCGGGGCUGAAGGAGAAGCCGUGCACGGGGCGACGGAGCUCCGAGUGUGGGUUGGGAGCGGGACGCCGAGCAAGCUCGUCCCAGGAGGCGGCCUCGGGAUGGAGCAGCGGCGCGCUUGCAGUCAGUGACCGGGAAGGGGGCGGGCCCCGCCAGCCGGGCCAAAGCUGUAGUGAAAGACCGAGGAAGUGACGGGCUGAAGGGGCUUUGGUCGUGGCUGACCCCGCCGUGGGGCGGCGGCAGAAGCAGCGGCAGCAGCGGAUGGAGCACCCCGGGGAAGGAGGAGAUUCUUGCUUGGAGCGGCUGAAGAAUUCUCUACCCGGACCCGCGGACCUCGUCGGGGCGGCCAGCACUCUGGAGCGGAUCCUAAGGGAAUCGGUCUGUCAGCGGCAGGGCUGGAUCCGGGUCUACGAUGUGAAAGGACCUGCAACUCAUAGACUAUCUUGUGGUCAGUCCCCUGAUUCAGAAACUAUAAUAUGGGAGACAAAGUACUGUAUUCUGACCAACAGCCAGCUUGUGUUGUUGAACAAGGAAAAGGAGGUAGCAGUCGAAGGAGGACAAGAGCAGCCAGCAGAGCCCACCAAAGGGCGUUGCCUCCGGCGUACCGUGAGUGUUCCUUCAGAGGGUCAGUUUCCUGACUAUCCACCAGAGGGAGCUACUAAACUUGAGGUUCCACCAGAGACAUCUCCUCGAAGACGGAGCAUCUCUGGAACAAGCAAUCCCACAGAUACUUCAAAUACAUCACCUUUCCGAGUACCAGGCUUCUUUAGUAGACGGCUUAGAGGCUCAAUCAAAAGAACAAAGAGCCAAUCUAAGCUAGAUAGGAAUACCAGCUUUCGUCGUCAAACCAUUGAAGAAAGGUCCCCUGGCUUGUCAAAGCUGAAACAAUCUUUUUCCCAUGAAUCUUUGCUAAGUCCAGGAGGUCCUAUUGAGACUUUGGAUCUUGGGACUGAUGACAAAGUCUUUGUCAUGCCACUUCAUAGCAGUAUAAUUGGACGAGACUUCUGCUUUGAGAUAUCUUGUUCCACUUGUAGUAAAUGCUUUAGUUGCACUUCUGCUGCUGAAAGAGACAUCUGGAUGGAGAACAUACGGAGGGCUCUCCAGCCUAACAAGGAUAAUUGCCGUCGAGAUGAGAAUGUGUUACGUCUUUGGAUCAUUGAAGCCAAAGGUUUGGCCCCCAAGAAGAAGUAUUUCUGUGAAAUAUGCCUGGAUGAAAUAUUAGUCGCCCGAACUACCAGUAAAUCAAAAGCUGACAAUAUUUUCUGGGGUGAACAGUUUGAGUUUUCUGGCCUUCCUCCCACCUAUCACAUUACAGUCCACAUCUACAAGGACACUGAAAAGAAAAAGAAAAACUAUAAGAAUAAUUAUAUUGGUCUGGUCAGCAUUCCCAUAGCUACUGUCACCGGUCGACAGUUUGUGGAAAAGUGGUACACCAUCAGCACUCCCACAGUCAAUAAGGGAAAGUCUGGUGUGCCAUCCAUCCGGAUCAAGUCACGGUACCAGACCAUCAUCGUCCUUCCUAUGGAAAAAUAUAAAGAGUUUGCUGAAUUUGUAACCAACAAUUAUACUGAAUUAUGCUCUGUUUUGGAACCAGUCAUAAGUGUCAGAAACAAAGAGGAGAUGGCCUGUGCUAUGGUGCACAUUCUUCAGAGCACUGGCAAAGCAAAGGACUUCUUGACUGAUCUGGUGAUGUCUGAAGUGGAUCGCUGUGGGGACCAUGAUGAGUUGAUCUUCAGAGAAAAUACACUUGCCACCAAAUCCAUUGAGGAAUAUCUCAAAUUGGUGGGACAGAAGUAUCUGCAAGAUGCACUAGGUGAAUUUAUUAAGGCGUUAUAUGAGUCAGAUGAGAACUGUGAAGUGGAUCCCAGCAAAAGUCCACCUAAUGAAUUAGCUGAUCACCAGGCAAAUCUCAAAAUGUGUUGUGAGCUAGCCUUCUGCAAAAUUGUCAAUACCUACUGUGUCUUUCCUCGGGAGCUGAAGGAGGUAUUUGCAUCAUGGAAGCAGCAGUGCCUCAAACGGGGAAAGCAGGAUAUCAGCGAACGCCUGAUCAGUGCCUCGCUUUUCCUCCGAUUCCUUUGCCCAGCCAUCAUGUCUCCAAGUCUCUUCAAUCUCAUGCAGGAAUACCCAGAUGAUAGUACCUCUCGUGCACUCACACUAAUUGCAAAGGUUAUCCAAAACUUAGCAAAUUUCACAAGAUUUGGGAAUAAAGAAGAAUAUAUUACCUUUAUGAAUGCCUUUCUAGAGCAUGAAUGGACACAUAUGAAAUGCUUCUUGGCAGAAAUUUCUAACGAGGACACCAUUUCUAAUAAGCCAGGAUUUGGAGGAUACAUAGAUCUGGGAAAGGAGUUUGCUGUCUUGCAUUCUUUGCUGUGGGAAGUUGUCUGGGAGGUGGACAAGGGUGAAAAUUCCUUCCUACAGGCAACAGUAGAAAAAUUGGGUCCUUUGCCACGCAUUCUCGAUGACAUCGCAAAAGAUACAACCCACCCUCUGCCAAUCCAGCAACAGUUGAGACGUUAUCCAGAUCAUAAUUCAAGCCCCAAUGUCUCUUCUGGGCUGCAAAAAAUAUUUGAAGACCCAGCUGACAGUGAGCGCAAGUUGAAGUCAGCCCCUCCAGCAAAUGAAGAAUAUUUCAAAGGCAAAUUGCUCUUGAUGCAGCAAACGUCAUCCCGGAGUGUGACUUAUUCAGAUCAAGGCGACGAGACCAAUCUGCCCAAUGUCCGAAGCAUAUCGCUGAUGAAUCUCCAGGAUCCCAAUGUCACACAGUGUGAAUCUGGAUCCAUGAUGCACGAGGCCCCGGUACGUUUAUCUGGCAGUCAGAUUUCAGUCAUCCAGGUGGCAAAUAUCAAGCAGCUCAGAACACCACAGACCGCCCCCCAAGUCAGGAGACCUCUUCAUUCGGCAUUAAACCAGCAAGGCAUUCUUCAGGCUCUUUUUUUCCAGAAUCCAGUUUAUCAUCUCAACAAUUGUCCUCAGCCAAUUCCUAAAGUGUCCAUGGAAUCAAGCCUGGAUAACCUGAGUGUCACCAGUUCCCGAAGCCAGAAUAGUGAAGACCUUAAACUUAGUGUACCCAGCAAUAGCAGCAUGGAGGAUUAUGCCAAACGCAGCACCCAGAAUGAAGAUUUUUCUGGUCAGGGCACCCUAUUGGACAAACGAGCUUUGCCAGCUCAUCAGAAUUACACUGUGCAGGUCCAAAUCCACAAAGCGGAUCAAGCAAGUUCCAGCUCAAUGGUCAGAUCACCCCACUCACUUCCCCACAGUGCUUCUCUUCGAAGCACAGGCAGCAUGUCUGUAGCAUCUGCCACGAUGGCAAUGGAGCCUCUUCAGGAGGGCAAUCAAUCCCGGCAGCAGUCUUCCUCCUCCCGAGAGAGCCCAGUUCCCAAAGUGCGAGCCAUUCAGCGGCAGCAAACACAGCAGAUGCAGUCGCCUGUAGAUUCUGCCACUAUGUCACCUGUGGAAAGGACAGCUGCUUGGGUCUUAAACAAUGGACAGUAUGAGCAAGUGGAGGAAGAGGCAGAGCAAAACCCAGAUGAAGCCAAUCAUACAGAAAAGUAUCAGCAAGAGAUUGUCAAGCUCAAAGAUCGCCUGAAGGCAUCAAGUCGCCGGUUGGAGGAGUAUGAGCAGCGUCUCCUUGUGCAGGAACAACAAAUGCAGAAACUCAUUUUAGAGCACAGAUCAAUGAUGGAAGACAGCAAGGAGCGGCUGCGAAAGCAGCAGGAGGAGAAGGAUAGCCAGAUGAAGAGCAUCAUUAGCAGAUUAAUGGCUGUGGAAGAGGAGCUAAAGAAAGACCAUGCAGAAAUGCAAGCGACCAUUGAUGCUAAGCAGAAAAUAAUAGAGGCACAGGAGAAAAGGAUCCUCUCCCUGGAUUCAGCCAAUACAAGAUUGAUGAGUGCCCUAACUCAAGUGAAGGAACACUAUGGCAUGCAGGCCCGGAGCAGUGUCUCUCCUACUAAUCCCCCCAGGCUUUCCAUCACAGAGAAUGGGGAAUUUAGGAACAGCAGCUGCUAAUUUCAAGCCCCACCAAACGAAUUGCCAUCUUUCAUUUCCCUUGCCCACUCCAAGCCUAGUUAAUCCUUUCUAUCACAGAGAAUGGGGAAUUUAGGAACAGCAGCUGCUAACUACAAGUUAUCCCAUCAAACAAAUUGGUAUCUUUCAUUUUCCUUGCCCACUCCAAGCCUGGUUGACCAACUUCCUUGGUGUUCUCCAAAAUCUUUAAAAGUCCUGCUUAAAAGCAGAAAAUUUCAGGGAAAACUGGACUGCCUGCCACAGCCAUAUAACGACCUGCACGAACAACCUGCUUGGGCUUCCUUUCAACAUUGCAGCUGGUAAUUACAUUUCCACAUUUCAAUUUGCUAGUAUUUCAACUUGCCUCUCUACACUAAAUCUCGACCACGGCAGCAAUAUGUCAUGGUACAUAGGGCAGAGCAGGCAUCAAUAGUUUCCUGACUAGGUGAGCACAGAAAAAGACUGUUUAAUGUAAGUCAGGGAUCCAAAAAGUUUAAAAAAUGAAUUGAAAAACAGAUAUUGCUUUUUUUUAAAAAAAAUCAAAGAUUUAAAAAACAAGACAUGCGUAAAAAUCUAAUGAAAAGUUUUAAAAGGUAAACAAGUUUUGAACAUUUUGUUAAAAAUAUGUAAUUUGGGGGAAUGAUAGACAUGUUGCUGACCUCUGUUCGCUGCUAUUUAGGUUUUUUUGUUGGUUGGUUGGUUUUCUCUAAGUCCUUCUAUAAACAGUUUUUUUUACAAUUUAGAUUGUUUUUAAAUUUAAAUGUUAUUAGUCAGCUGUUUACAUAGACCAAAAACAAGGAGUUUUAUCUGAAAUGCACUACCUCCCCCUACCUUCCAUUCCAACAAUAAGACUGACAUUUGAUAGCAGGUGAGACAGGAAUACUAUUCAAGAGUCUUUAAUGAAAACGUUUCACCUUGGUGGGGCAAGACAACUGCAUCACGCGACUCAUCCAUUAUCUCCCUGGCAUUUCCUAGCUGUCAGGAAUGACACUGUACACAUUUCUUAUCGAGGGCUGUUUUCUUCGUCUCCUGCAUUUGUAAUUAUGUCAGCACCUGUUGACAUCUUGCAGUGGAGAGUGAACCCUAUCCAUUCCUUCUCAUAGCCCACACUUUCCUCUUGGUGAUUUGGCUCUCCAUUCCCAUAUUAACCUGGGUACCUAUUUGGUAUGGCAGGCAACCUUCUUACAUGGAGAGGCAAUUUACUCUCUUUUUCAAUCAGGAUUUUUCUCUUCUUCCGCAGACCAAAAUUGGAAGUUCCACUUUCUUUCUCACUGUAAAGUUCCUUGGUGAUGGUUUUAAAAAGGACUGUAAGCUUGUCCUGAACAGUUCACACAGGUAUCUAGAUAUUCCAUUAAUACAGAAAAAGUAACUGUACAGAAAUUAUGUACUUACAGAACAAAAAUAAGAUCACUUAACAGAAGGAAAUUAAAAAUGUUAAUUCCUGUGUGGCAUACAGCCCAUUCACCAGGCCACUUGUCAGCCAUCCCAUUUGGCCAGUUAAAGAGGCUUCGGCUUCUCAGUCCUCAAUUUGAAAUGCAUGCACGGCAGCUGCGGCUCUGCCCCGGUCUGCAGCGCCACUGGGGCUUCUUGAGCCAGAGGCUCCUCCAGGUUCUUCUUCUCCUCAGAUUCUUUGCUUGUUGCCCACAUCUCGGGUCUUUGACCUUCCAGUGGGAUCCAGAUAGGCACUCCUGUGAGAAGUGACUUAACCGUCCCAUUUGGCACAUUCAACAAAAGAAACUCUCGGCUCUUUAUAAUUACCAAGAGUGUAGUUUUAUUGAAAACUCCAUCUAGGUAUAGCAGAAACAAAGUCAGUUCUCGGAUUUUCCUACAAAAACCCCUGUAGGUAAAACCACAUUUUCCCCUCCAGGCCACCCACAGUUCAUAGUUUACCAAUUGAGUUCAGUUCUUUUGUUUUGGGAAAGACUGUUUUUGCUGCUCACAUAAUCUUCAUACCUUGUCCUUGGUGGAUAACGUCUUGCUGGCAAUAGAAGGCACUCUUGCAUUCUGUAGACUCCCCCCCCCCACUUAGGAAUUCACACCCCCCCUCCUAUCACUGUAUGGCACACUGCGAGCGAAAGCAGGUGCAGGCAACUAUGGAGUAGAGUCAGGUUUGACAUCACUGUUCAGCUGUCUCUCUUCUCAUCCGCAACUACUCUUUUCUUGCACAACGAACCAUAAACCACCCUUAAAGCCAAUUGUUUUCCUUUCAAUGGCUAGUAUUUCACUCUUCUUCUUGAUAAAGACAGAAGACAAACUCUUUACUUGUGGUCAGAGGAGAACAGCCCUGAGAUAAAGAAUCAUUUUGUGAUGCUCCAGAGAGUGGCAAGCAGGAAAAUGCAUACAUAACCUUCCCCAGUAGCAUGGCAUUCAAGGGAUUAGACUUCAAUGUUCUCAUUUAAUCAGCAAACUGAAAGCAUGCAACAAGAGUCCCAAGUGGACAGAAGACUUCAAAGGCCAGGAGUUGGCAAAAAGUGGACCAUGGCUCUAAACUUGCCUACUGGCUGUUCAUUCAGCCUGCAAGUAAAUUAAUAGGGCCAAGCUUCUGGUGCAAGGGGCAGGACUGAAGUUUGGGGUGCUAGUGAGCAGUGCUAGUGACAGCCUCCUUGUUGGCAAGCUGGCACUGUCCAAUCGCUACCAUGCUCCUUGGUCUGAAGAUCUUCCAGAGACAUCCACAGAGGUGGAGGAGGGGUGAGAGCUGGCCCUUUCUAGAACGAACUUCCUGACCCUGGUCUAUGCAUUCAAGUGUGCAGUUUCAGGAUGCCAGAGGUUCAAAUCUCUGGACACAUGAAGUUCAAACCAGCCAGUUCUAUCCAACAAGGGAAGCUCAGCCAAUGGUGGCUUCUAUGCCAGUACCCUGUGGGGACUACUGAAGGAUGGGAAGAGCUUGGUUGGUUGACAAGACACGUGCUUUUGCUCUGUUCACUGUAACAUGCAACUGCUCAAAGACUGGCUCCUGGUCCUCUGCCUUGGCUCCAGGAGCAGCUCCUUUGGGGACUGCUGGCUGGAUCGGCCUCAGGUGCUUGGUUGCUCACCAGUUUUUCGGGCUGAUGCUCGCUUGACCCAUCCAGAACACAUUUCUUACCAUCAGGAUCCUCUGAAUCUGAGCUACCCAUGGCAUGAAUCUUUCUGCCCUCUUCCAGGAAGGAAUGAGCAAAACACCCCCCAGAAAGCAGAGAAGGGUAGAGGAUUUUUUCUUUCUUAAUAAGGCAGAAUUAAUAUUAAUAAAUAUUAAUAAAGAAAGCUAAUGAGAUCCUAUUGCCAUAUAGGCAGUUCUCUUAGAGUAGCACCCCCCCCCCAAAUCUUUGGACACCAGGAACCAAUUCCGUGGAGAAUGGUUUUUCCGUGGAUCAGAGGGGGCGUGGCUUCGCGUACUGCCUGCAUCCUGCGGAUGGGGCUUCCCUUGUUUAUGUGGCCCAGUGCCUUGUUGUGCCAAAACAAUUAUAAUUUUCACAUCCAGGAAGAGAAGAAAUGCCUAUCUCUAUUCAAGACUGGUCUCACAUUAUAGUCAUUAAAGACAAAUUUCUAAAAGUCCCCAGUUAAAUUCUCACCCGCAACAGCGUAAGUGGAAUAGUCAAAUAGUUCAAUGAAAACAAAAUCCCCUUUCUGACAUUAAAGCUAGGAAUCCAGAGAUGGUAUUAAUCUUUUUAUCUUUUUUUUGAAAUUAUAAUAUUUAGUUUAUUCAAAAAAAGUUUCAAAUAAAAAACACAAAAUAUUGAAAAACAAUAAAAAAGAAAAAGAAACAAAAGCAACAAACAAGACAUUAAAAAAGUGUCUUAAAAAUUAACACAUUACAUAAAACAUCCCACACCUUACAAAACAGACCAAAAACCCUUUAAACUCCUCAACUACUGAAUCUAUUUACAUAUUGUUAGUCUGCCAUCUAUAUAUUGUAUCGAUAACAAAAUAGUUAACAAGAAAAACAAAAAUGAUAAGAAUAAUAUAUAAAAAUAAAGAUCAUAAUUAAUAAUGAAAAUGAGACGAGAUUAAAAUUCCAAAACCCUCUGUUAACAAACUCUUAUUGUAAACAGCUUGUAGAAAAUUUACCAUAGCUUCUUUUGAAACUUUUUUAUUGGUUUAUCAAAAUAUAAAAUACAAAGAAAAAUUCAAAAAAGUAAGGAAAAGCUAGGAAGAGGGGGAGGGGAAAGAAAAAAUAAAUGGUAUAAAGAGGGAAAAGGAAAGAAAAAGGCACCAACUUCCAACUCUCUUUAGCACAGUAGAAGAUAUCAUUACAACUGGAACUUUAAUUUACUUUUACACAACAGUAUGUACAAGCCAUUUCUACAACAAUAAACCUGUCUAAUUAGCAGAAAGAAAAGGAAAGUUUCACUUUUUUUAUUGCAAGCACAAAAUCCAGAAGCAAUUUCAAAAUAGAAAUAAGUUUAGCUAUAUUCUCUUCUUUGCAUAAAAGAAUCAAUUUGACCAUCUCUGCUCCUCUUUGCUGUGGGGAAUAAUAUAUGCUUCUGUUAACUCAUUAAUUUUUAUCAUAAUUCAUAUUAAGAGAAUGCUCUAUAUUAUUUCAAAAUAAAUUUAACCCUAAAGGGAGAAAACACUUUUUCUAGCAUUAAUAUUUUACUAAAUUUAAAAAAAUACUCAAGUAUUAUAUAUAAAGGGGGGGAGGCUUUAUUUUAAACCCAGAACCCAAAACACAACACUACAUUAGAGCUUUCAUUCAGUUAUAUAUAUCACACCAAUAUAAAUCCAAUUAACUCAUUGAAUUCAAAUCUCUCCCUCAAGUUUAUCCUCAUGGAAUGGAUUUUUUUCUUAUUUUCAGAUUUAAUCGAUAGUAUUUUACAAACUUUGUAAAGCAUUACAUAAAAAGACAGAAGAUACGCAUUUACAAACUCAUUUGAUACAUACAAAACUACCUUAAAGUUUUCUUUCAAUAAACAUAUCAAACUUAUAAAAAUCCAUCCAAACUAAUUAAGUCAUUAAAUUUAAGUCACUCCCUCCAGCUUAUCUUCAUAGAAUGAAAUCUUUUUCUGUAGUCCCUCCAUCCCCAAAUUUUAGCAGGCAGUUGCUUUGAAGCGCAGUUCCUGAAGUUACUUGCAAACCUCGGCUGUAUUGGAGGAUCUUGAGGGGUAAUUCUUAGACUCUCCCUACCCCAGGAGAAUCAUAUAAACUGAAGGAAUGCCAGUCCCUUCAGUUAGUAGUUGAAAAGUAGUUGAACCCUUCAGAGAUCCUUCCUGGGCAUGUAUUCAAUGGCCACUCACUGGAAGGGAGUGGUUUGAUAAUUUUCAACACCUAAUUGCACCUCUUGCUUUUUUAUAUUUAAUACCGAUUUGAUUUACAAAGUAAAUUAUUCUCUGUAAAGACUUAUGAAAGAUUUCCGCAACAAAAUAUUCAAGCUCUGGUUUAAGCAUCUUCGUAGCUCCCUCUAGUGCUCAAAAAGUUUUUUUAUUUUUAUUUUUAUUUUUUUUCUAGCCAGAGUUCAUAAAAAUCAGGGACUUUCAAGAACCCACAACAAAACAAUCCAAAGCUACAUAUUAUUUCAAAAGUAGUGUAAUAAAACCACAACUUUCUAUCCUUACACUUACACUUCUUUAUCACACUUAAGAAGAAAAGAUACUGCACAUUUCCUUCUUUUAGCUUGUGGCUAGCAACCCUUUCCCUUGUCCUUUAACAAUAAAGAAGUCUUAAAAAUGACACAGAGCUUCAAAAAGCAGUAACAGGCUGUGACUAAAGAGAGCAUCUUUUAGCUAAUAAAGAAAAUAAUCUCAUAAAUUAAUAAAUGAAAGGCAUUACUUAUUGUCCAUUUAAAAAAAUAAAUUCCAAAACUGCUGUUUUAUCCAACAAUGAAGUGAUUGCAACCCUCUGCCCUCAGCUUCAACUCACCAUCUGCUUCAAAGCACAGCUUCUGAAACUACUUGCAGACCGUUGCUGUAUCAGAGGAUCUUGAGGGAUGAUCCUAGGACUCUCACUAACCCAGGAGAGUCCGAUAAAUGAAAGGAAAGCCUGUUCCUUCUGUUAGUGAGUUGAAACAAAUGACAGUCCAGAGAGAGACAUUCUCUCUGGGCAUGUCAGUUGCCAGCUAUAUCACAGGAAGGUCUUCCAGAAUCAUAUCUGUAGCCCGCUUCACAUGGCCAAGUCUGACUCGAGGAUCUUGACCUUGAGCAUCAUGGUCUGGGACUGAUCCAGCCCGCAAUAAUCUGGAGUAGCCCCACUCCCAGCAGAAGAUGAACAGAAUCCAGAGCACCUGCUUUAGUCUAAGUACUCCAUGUAUGGUGAACAGACCAAUGGAGCUCUGGGCUUCUCCUCACCAACGCACUCUCUCUCUCUGUCACACACACACACACAUGAACACAAACACACAUACACCUGUGGUUUAUUGUGUUUAUUAAUAUUCCUCAGCAACUCCUUUCACCAAAAACUCAGAACUGUCCCAAUUAAGUCCAGCCAAAAGCAGACUAAUGGUAAUCCACAGAGCAACGGCAAAUGAGUCCACAAGUCACUUGAAAGUUUCCCAAUCAAAAUAAACCCACCAGGCAAAAUUAAAUCCACAAUACAAAAGGGUUCAUGAGUCAAGAAAAGCCCAGAAUUCACAAGGCACAAUCCAAGUCAAGGCACAGUGUCAAUCCAAAGCAAGGCAGGAAUCACAAUGACACACAGCUAGGAAAUGAACACAUUGUUCCCAGGAUCGCCUCCAUCUGUCUGAUGUGCUAAAUAGCCAGCUUCCCUGCAGCCCAUCAAGAAGGUGAGGCUUUCUCCUCACGAGUAAUGUGGCUGAACUUCUCUGCUCCUGCCUUUUCUCUGCCCUACAUGUUCUUGGAUCAGGUGUAGAAGGCAGUUCCUCUUCCUCAUCACUGAUUGGCUGAAGCUACGUGUUUUCCUCACCUUAGAGCUGUCCUGCUGCAGCUAUGCUUCAGCCAAAUCCUCUCUGACAGCUGCUUGGAGCCAUUGGUCAACUCCCCUCUAGACAUGCCUGGAACUGGUUCAUCCUCCUCCAAACUGACAUCUGGAGAGUUAUCUGGGGAACCAUCCAGGGGAGUCAUCAUAUCACUUUGACUGGCUUUACCAGCAUAGGCUUCAUUUCAGAGUCUCUGCUAGCCUGGUUUCUGUUGUGGGAAGCAGCCAACAAAUCCCCAACAAAUAAUGCCCUGGCAUCCUAAAACUCUAGUUCUUUGAAUUUGACUACUUGCCAACCCAUCCACAAUGGGUAGACCUUUGGAACAUGAUCUAACUAUCCUUCUAUCCACUCAUUUGAGCUCUCCCAGCUUGAAAGUUGUUGCAAGCAAGCUCACCAAGAGUUUGAGUGUUAUUUUGUACUAAGUGUGAGUUUUUGCUCAUGCCCUGCCUGUCAUUAACUGUAUUUGCUUACUCCUCCAUAAAGCUCCUAGCAAACUGCAUCUCUGUAUGUGAUUGUGUCUGGCCUGGAACUUAUUUCCCCUUGCUUUUUUCUGUCUUUGUCUUUUUCAACUUCUUGCUUAGUUGUUUCAGCUACCUAUUUUCAACCGUAGCCAAAAGUUGAAAAAAGACAACCCUCAAAUUUUCCAGUAAAAUUUUGAAAUCAUAUUUAGCAAGGGUCCACCUCAUCUCUGCACCAGAAACACUUUAUCCUGCCAUAUUUUGACUUUAAGAGGCAUUCUCCUUUACCACUACAAGGCAUUCCUUAUUUAAAGAUAUUUCUUUAUUUAUUGUCCUUUAUUCAUUCUUGUAAAUAUAUUUUAAUAUGAAUUGAAAUGAUAACAAAUCUUCUCUUACACAUUUGUCAAAUAUACUGGCAAAACCUUUUCUGAUCUCAUCCUCUGCCUCUGUGGAGGCUACUGAUAGGCUGCCUUUGCCCAGGAUGCUUACACCUGACCGCCAGCCAUGAUUUGCCAAUUCCAGAUCAAGAAGAAAGCAGUAUUUAUUAUUAUAUAAUUUCCUCAGAAUUGUUUUAUUUAAAAAAAAAUCCAUGAAUACCUGCCAGUUUUCCAGAAAUAUAUUCAUCAAAGUUUUCUUUAUUCUUGCUUCUGUUUUUGCAAGAAGCUUGUAUUUUAAGAAACAUUUCUUCACCAUUUUUUAAUAAACUUUUUGGGUUUUUUUCCAUUACAAUUUUGGCUUCUUGUAACAAGCACAGAGGCUGACAUAGAUUCUUUUAGAGCCUGGAAUUGUGACUGAUUUUUUUAAAAUGGGAAUAGCUUUCAGCCUUUCCCAGAUAGACCAGACAGGAAACACAGCCAAAUGAGUUAAUUCUACCUUAUCAUAAAGCUACAUUACAAGUCUGAAAAUACAAAUCUCUAGCCAUCUCCUUUAGAAGCUAGAGAUAGUUCCUUCUGUAUCUCUCCACCCAUUGUGCAGCUGUAGGCUGUGCCCUCUCUUAUCUCAGCAUUCCCUAGGCAGCAUUACCAUUACAAUAUGGGGAGUGAAUUGCCAGUUUUGAACAGAGAAGGGCCUCUUUAACCCUGUACCAAUCCCUAUUUUCUCCAAACAACUCCUUUAGUCACAGUGCAUUUUGUUUCUCUUAUUACCAUUAUAAAAAUCAACAAAUUUAUCAAACUAGUAUUUUUCUACUCACAAAAAUAAAACCAUUUUCUAAGUAAAGAAAAUGCUUGUGAUGGAUUAAAAUUUAUGCAGUGAGGAAACAAACUCCUUUAGAAUUAACCAUUUUUAAUUUUAAAGUAUUUUAAAAAGCAUGUUCAACUAAUUAAAAAUUAAAAUUCAACUUGAAAGAGGAAUUAGUUUGGAUGAUUCCUUUAAGAGGUUUGUAUUUCAGCUAAGACGAAUGGCCAUCAUUUUCUACUCUGGGUGUACAUGAAGCCAAGUCAAAACUAUAUGGCAUCAUGAUACUACGUGAUAGAAUUUGAGGCUGUCAGCCAUAAUGCCUUUUGUUGCACUAGAACCAUUUUUUCCCCAGAUAAAGCAAUUUGCUAAAGAUUUAAUGAAAUCCUUAAUUGCUCCUUAUAUUAAUGCUUUAAAAAAAAAUGGAAAAGACAAAUGCUGGCAAUAAAAUAAUUUCAAUAUCACAUUCCUAAAUAGCCUCAGAUACUUUACUUAAACUGGGAUAUCUCUGAGAACAGCCUGAGAUCAACGUUCUGCUCUUCAUGUGGGAAAUCAGCUAUAUUUUUCAGGGAAGCCCAAGCAAGUCUGUUCAAGUGCAUGGUGGUAGCAGGCUGAAAGAGACACCAAGCCCCAGGAUGGCUGAAUUUCAUAGUCCUCUGAAAGAAGUAGAAUCAUUCUGGACAACUGAAUGUGUUGGUCUAUACAUUUGUAUCAACCUGCCAUUGAAAUGAGAAAGAGUUGGGUUUGGGAAAUGAGUUCCAUUUGGCUCUCUCUUAAUCAUGAAAUGGUGCCAUUUCAGAAAUGCAAGCUUGUAGGCAGCUUUGUAAUAAUCUGGGUUGCGACUAUAAUGCCUCCUUCCCAAAUUUAGUGUGGUGUUGGUAAAAUGAUAUCUAUGGCCUUUGAUUAGACUAUCCCCCAUAGUCUAAGAGAUGGGGUGAGAGGGGUAUGCUGGUGAGAGCAUUUGUGAGUUUUGUAAGUACAACAAUACGCUUCCUUCAGGGCCUUAAUGAAAAUUAUCUUACCAGACAUUUGUUUUCAGUGUUAGCUUUCAAUAAUUUAUUUCUAUCUGGAUCUUUAUUUUAUGACUCCACACCCCACCCAUCCUCCAAACCACAGUCCUGUAUUUUUCUGCUCAUAGUGCUGGAUUCCUCAGGUCCCCAGGAUCUACUUCUGCAUUUCAUUGUCUGGGUUUGUUCUAAAGAAGAUUUAUUUUUGUUCUGUGAAUAUUUUUGAACAGGUUCUUGUAUAUGUACAGAUAGAGAUACAUUUGAGGUCUUUUAUUGAUAUUCCUAUAAAGAAUUACAAAAUAAAGUUUAACUUUAAAACA